AUGGCCCUUCCUGCCACUGUGACUUGCACGCAGGUGGUGAGACAUGGGGCGCAGUCUUGUAUGCUGAUCGACAGUGCCCCCUCCCGCAACCUGAUACGCUACCAGAGACAAAACAGGAUGGGCUACAAAGGCACAAUGGAUGUGCAUGGGCGAGCCAGAGAAGCCAGGCUGUCCCUGCCACCACAGAAGGAAGCCUGUGUCUCCCUCUUCAGUGCAGAGAGUGGCUCCGUCAAGGAAGACUGUGCAGGAAAAAGCCAAAAGCCCUUGAAACCCCGGUCCAUCCAGAAGUCCUGGUUCGCGCAGUUCCCGUGGCUGGUCAUGAAUGCAGAGCACACGGCUCUCUUUUGCUCCGCUUGCCGGGAGUACCCAUCCAUUAGGGACAGGCGGUCCAGGCUGAUCGAAGGUUACACAGGACCAUUCAAGGUGGAGACGCUCAAAUACCACGCCAAGAGCAAAGCUCACCUGCUCUGCGUCGACGCCUUGGCAGCACGGGACCCCAUCUGGGCAGCCCAUUUCCGGGGCAUCCGGGGUGCCAGCCGGGAGCACCUCUUCCCUGCAGAGUAUCCCGUCCUGCACCCCCCAGGUGCUCUGGGAGCCUGCGGUGACGUGGCCCAGCUUCUGCCCAGCCCGCGAGCUGAACCGGAGGGCCCUGGGGGGAGUGGAGUGCUUCCUGCCUUGUAUCCGGACUGCAUUUCCCGUCUGAGCCCUAAAGAAACCGCAGGAGACGUCCACAGCUCCUCAGACGCUAACACUGUGUGUGAUGACCCCGCUGAGCCCUGCAGCCAGGGUCCUUCUGAAGAGGGCCCGCUGGAGGAGCCCCCGGUGGACUUUGAGGAGGUGGCGGUGUAUUUCACCCGGGAGGAGUGGGGCGUGCUAGACAAGCGGCAGAAGGAGCUGUACAGAGACGUGAUGCGGAUGAAUUACGAGCUGUUGGCCUCCCUGGGGCCUGCGGCUGCCAAACCAGACUUGAUCUCAAAACUGGAGCGUAGAGCUGUGCCCUGGCUCAAGGACCCAAAGGGGACGGAGUGGGGGAAAGGUCUUUCUCCAGGGAAGAAGAUGGUGGCUGCAGGAGAGGCAGCCACGCAGGCCCCGGCUGUCGAGUCCGCGUUGCUUCCGGCUCCUGUGGAGACCUGUGUCUCCUACUGCGGGUGCGGCCUCUGUGACGUGGACGCACAUGGGCCCAGGAAGAUCAAGAGGACUUACAGACCUCGCUCAAUUCAGAGGUCGUGGUUCGGGCAGUUCCCAUGGUUAGUCGUCGACUCAGACGAGACCAAGCUCUUCUGCUCAGCUUGCAGAGAACGACCGAGUCUCCACGACAAGUCGUCACGCUUAGUCCGAGGUUACACGGGGCCUUUCAAAGUGGAGACUUUAAAAUACCACGAAGUCAGCAAAGCACACAAGCUCUGCGUCAACACUGUUGACGUCAAGGAGGACACCCCUCAGGCUGCCCUGGUCCCAGAGAUCUCCAGUGACCUGAUGGCCAACAUGGAGCACUUCUUUAACGCCGCCUACUCCAUCGCCUACCACUCGAGGCCGCUGAACGACUUUGAGAAGAUCCUGCAGCUCCUCCAAAGCACGGGGACCGCGAUUUUGGCUAAGUACCGGAACCGCACCGCGUGCACCCAGUUCAUCAAGUACAUCUCAGAGACCCUGAAGAAGGGGAUCCUCGAGGAUGUCCGGAACUCCCCCUGCGUGAGCCUGCUGUUGGACGGCUCCACCAGUGCCUCCGACCAGGCCUGCGUGGGCAUUUACAUCCGCUACUUUAAGGGGAUGGAGGUGAAGGAGUCUUAUAUCACGUUGGCCCCGCUCUGCAGUGAGACGGUGGAUGGGUACUUCGAGACCGUCGUCUCUGCCCUGGAUGAGCUGGACAUCCCCUUCCGGAAGCCUGGUUGGGUGGUGGGCCUGGGAACUGACGGCUCGACCCUGCUGAGCCGCAGAGGAGGCCUCGUGGAGAAAUUCCAGGAGAUCGUCCCCCAGCUGCUGCUUGUCCACUGCGUGGCCCACCGGCUGCACCUGGCUGUCGUGGACGCCUGUGGGGGCAUUGACCUGGUGAAGAAGUGUGACCGGCACAUCCGAACCGUCUUCAAGUUUUAUCAGUCCUCACACAAACGGCUGACCGAGCUGCGGGAAGGUGCCGCGGCACUGGAGCAGGAAAUCGGCCGCCUCAGGGACUGGAGCGCGGUCAGGUGGGUGGCCAGCAGGCGGCGCACACUGCACGCGCUCGUUGUGAGCUGGCCCGCCCUGGCUGGGCACCUCCGGAGUGUGGCGGCGGCUGGGGGCCAGACUGGGCACCGGGCCCAAGGCGUGCUGAAGCUCAUGGAGAACUUCCAUUUCCUCAAGUCCUGCCACUUCCUGCUGGACUUCCUGAGCGUCUACAGGCCGUUGUCGGAGCUGUGCCAGAAAGAGAUGGUGCUGAUCACGGAGGUGAACUCCGCGCUAGCACGCGCCUAUACAGCCCUGGAGACCCUCCGUCACCAGGCGGGGCCCAAAGAGGAAGAGUUCAAUGCUGGCUUCAAGGAUGGGCGGCUGCAUGGCAUCUCUUUGGACAGAAUGGAGGUGGCAGAGCAGCGUUUCCGGGCAGACAGGGAGAGAGUGAUCCUGGUGGGGACUGAGUACCUCCGGCAGAGGUUUGACACCGACCGUCCCCCGCAGCUCCAGCACAUGGAGGUGUUUGACACCAUGACCUGGCCAAGUGGCACCGAACUGGCUGGUUUUGGAAAUGACAAUAUCCUUGCCCUUGCCAGGUACUUUGAGCUCUCGCUGCCCCCAGGGUACAGCGAGCAAGCCCUCCUGGAGGAGUGGCUGGGCCUGAAAGCCAUGGCCAAGAACCUGCCACUAUCCAUGCUGUGUAAGAGCGCCCUGGCCCAGCACUGCCGCCUCCCCCUGCUCAGCAGGCUGGUGGCGGUGGCAGUCUGUGUGCCCGUUGCCACCUCCUGCUGUGAGCGUGGUUUCAGUGCCAUGAACCGGAUCCGGACUGAGGAGAGGACCAAGCUGUCCAACGAGGUGAUCGACAUGCUCAUGAUGACAGCAGUGAAUGGCGUGGCGGUCCCCGAGUACGACCCCCAGCCUGCCAUCCAGCACUGGUACCUUACCUCCUCGGGCCGGCGCUACAGCCAUGUCUACACCUGUGCCCCGGGGUCUCCCCUCUCCCACGAAAGGACAGAGCUCAGGAAGGAGAAGAUGGGAGCGCUCUGUAUGGAGGAGGCCGUGACCCAGAGGCCACCCAUUCUGUCGGUGGGGACGGGUGGAGAUCCUGAAGACUGUCUCAUGGACUCUCCCGACAGAUGCCUGUACGGCAACACCAGCUGGGAGGCCCUCCGGGCUGUCCUGGCGCAGGCUCUGCAGGAAGAGGAAUAUGAGGGUUGCCUUGGAGACCCUGCCCUGCCCCUUGUGGUCCUGACAGGCUCUGUGCCAUAGAGUCUUCCCUUGGUUGGGACUCAGCACAGGAAGUGGGCAGUGACAAGAUGGUUAUGCCCACAUCCCAGAGAGUCAGGGCCAUCAGGAGGCACAUGACCUGCUCACCUCUGAGCAGACGGGGACUCCGCACUGAAAUAGGCAGUGAGUUCACAUUUAAGGUGCUUCAGGAAACGAUCCCAUCAUGAAAGAUUUCACCCCAUGUCCUGGUGGCAAGAGGACUUUCCUGGGUGGGAGAGACUGUUGGGGGUAGGAACUUAAAGGAGCACCCAGCCCCCUGGAAAGUUGGGGAAUGUUCCAGGGGGGCUGCCCAUAGCCUCAGUGGCCUGGGGAAGGCACUGGGAGAGGGGCAGAGGAUGACCAGGCUCCAGGGACAGCUGGCCCAGCUCUGGGAUGUCACCCUGACUCCAUGGCAGAAGUAGGGACACCCCAACUUCAAAUGGGAAACUCACAUCAGAGAAUCUCUACCUAGGAGGUUCCCAGGACCUUCCUUUAGGGUGAGACAAGCAAAGCCCUUUGCACAGAGCGCUGGGGAAAGCUGCUCCUGCAGCUCUGGGCCAGUGGAGGGAAGUAUCUGCCUGGAGCCGACCCCCACCGAUGGGCCAGUUCCCUCCCUCACCCGAGCAUCUGUCAGCCAAGGGGUGGGGGGGAGGCAGGGAUGUCCUCUUGGAUUGUGGCUUCAAAGAUGUGCAAACGAGGUUAAUAAAACCACGAUUGAUUCUCAGCGUUUUGCUCUCUGAAUAAAGCAGAGUUUAUUUCCA